AUGGAGAGGCUUUUUGUUGUGAGCAUUCUUUUCACAGCCUGUUGCGCUGUUCCUCAAGAUCUGUCAGGAAAAAUGUUUACGUUUCCUGUGGAGUCCAAUGUUACUCGUGCCAGACUCCUGCCAUCAGGAAAUAACUUCACCUCUGCAACAGUCUGCCUCAGGUUCUUUACCGACCUUACUCGAUCCUACUCUCUUUUUUCAACGGCAUCCACUAUCCAAAACAAUGACUUCUUAAUCUUCAAACCAGCAAGCAAAGGUAGUUUUCAUGUGCUCACACGUGGCCAAAGCUCUAAUUUUUAUGACCUACCAGAUGAGCGAAACACCUGGAACUCCAUCUGCAGCACCUGGGAUUCCAACUCUGGAUUGGUUCAGGUCUCGCUCAACGGAAAUCCAAGUACCAGGAAGAUCGGAUUCAAGGGGAAUCUGGAUGGAGAGCUAAGCAUAGUGCUGGGACAAGAGCAGGACUCAGUGGAUGGAGGGUUUGAUGCAAAGCAGUCAUUUGUAGGGAUGAUUACUGAUGUCCAUAUGUGGGACUAUGUCCUUUCUGAUAGUGAGAUCCAGCAGUUUGCUAAAGAUCUGAACUUCACCCCUGGUAAUGUUAUCAACUGGCGAGCCCUUGAUUUCACCAUCGUUGGAGAUGUUGUCAUUGAGGACAGUCCAAACAGCUGUCAGUGA